GUUGACGACUUGAAACGCCUCUAGUGUGAUCUCUCUCCCUGCGACGGCCACCGACGCUCCGACGUCUCACUUGCUCCUCGUCCGGCACUCCCAUCACCUUUCUCUUCCUCACUUGACUGGACAGGUCUCCGGUCUCCAGAGCUGGGCUCUCUGCACUCGUUUUCCUGCUCGAUCCCUCCAGCCGUAGACCGGUUUCCGCUCCUUCUCUUCAGCUCAAAAACCGGCAGUGCCCUAUUCUGAGAUCUCGCGAUGGCUUCCUCCGCUAGCAUCCUCCUUGCUUACCGUUACGUUCUGUUCGUCUUCUUUGUUAUCUGCAAUGCUAUCAUUUGCAGCGUGGCAGUGUGGAAUCAUGGUAUGCCUGAGGUGACUGGACAUGACUACCAAAUCGACGCAUUCCUCACCUUUGUCGGAGCGUUUGGAAUCAUAUUCAUCAUCCCAACUGUUGCCGUCGACCUGUUCAGGAGGAACGCUGUUCCCAGUCGUGUGUGGUUUGAGUCUCUUUGGGUCGGUAUCUUUUGCUUGAUGGAACUUGCUGGCGCAUCUGCGCUGACUGCAAACAUGUCCAACAUGUCUUGUUCGUCAGUUAACGACACCGUGGACGUUUGUACCUCGUCCCUGGUUAUGCUGUCUUUCGCUUGGUUGAUCACAGUCAUGCUCCUUGUGUAUCUCCUCGCGUUGACAUUGUCGGCAAUCCUGCAUCAAGAUGCAGGCGUAUCCGUCUGGCAGUCCAGCGUCCGUUUCUUCCCCUGGUACGCAACACACGCUUCGCUCAAUAGCGCGCCUGCGUCACCUACACGCCAGUGGAAGAAGCCGCUACAGCUUUCUGCUGAGCCUCGUCCCCCAGUGCGGCAAGCCGUCAUCGAGAAGUCCCCUGUUACGGGACGCGCUGCCGCCAGGCCUGCUCCCCGGCCAGAGCCAUCAUACGAGCCUUCGCGGCCCGCACCGCCCGUUCCCCAGUCUCAGGCGCCCCUAGCAUCUGCGGAACCCGCUUCUCUCUACCCUGCGGUCCUCAAAUCCAGUCUGCCCACCGUGCAGCGCUCGCAGACCUCAGAUACUGCGCCCCCGCCUUUAGGCGACUGGCCUCGCAGGCGGACCGAACAGUCACCAGCUUCGGCUGACAGCGUCGCACCGCAGUCAACAUCCAUCACGUCUUCCACCCCAAGGCACCCUCGCAACGGCUCGAACGGGAGCCUCAGCGGACGCCAGCGCCCUAUUCCUCCACCACUGGACCUGACAAAGAUUAGCGCGUAUCGCUAGAUCGAAGAGCGGGCUCGUCGAUAGUUCCUAGUCGCAGUGAACCCUAGCCUUGAGCUUAGGCUUAGGUCUUUCGGCCUUUAUUUUUUUUACGCGCCAUGACGCGUGCUGAGCAUGCUUGCAUUCGUCCUUCUAUUUCUCUGCGUUUCAUCGUGGGAUCCACGCCGCUUGCCCUCUGCUUUCUUGUUUAUGUGUUAUUUUGUAGCCCGUAAGAUCGCGUACUAGCAAUGAAUGGCUCUUUAUGCUC